UACUGUGUGAGCUGUGAUUGGUCACAGCUUGUCACAUGGUACAAGGCUGUUGUACCAUGUGACCUCUGUGAUCAUUCAUAGAUUUCACACGUAGUAAGCAAUGAUGUCAGAAGUGACAUCUUGCUUACUACUCUGCAUGUGAUCACUGAUUGGCCAAUCAGUGAUCACAUGAUCGGGACCUCGCACAGAGGUCCCGUGCACAAGCAGGGGGCGGGGAGGCCGUUUAUAAACGGCCACCCAACCCUGCACUGCCACCGUCCAGCCGUUUAUAUACAGCAGCUGCACGGGAGGUGGUUAAGAAGCAACUUGUUCACA